AUGGUGGCUUUGUCAAUGGUCCUUGUUUUCCUGCUGGCCCUGAGCAGAGGUGAAAGUGAACUGGACACCAAGACCUCAUCCCCACAGGAGACCACCGAAUGGGGGGAUCCUGGGCUGUCCCUACCAGGGUCCUGCCAGCCAGCUCCCUCCUGUCAAAAGUGCAUCCUCUCACACCCGAGCUGUGCAUGGUGCAAGCAACUGAACUUCACGGCGUCCGGGGAGGCGGAGAUGCGGCGCUGCGCCCCGCGAGAGGAGCUGCUGGCCCGGGGCUGCCCCCCGGGGGAGCUGGAGGAGCCCCGCGGCCGACAGGAGGUGCUGCAGGACGAGCCGCUCAGCCAGGGCACCCGCGGCGAGGGGGCCACGCAGCUGGCACCGCAGCGGGUCCGGGUCACGCUGCGGCCGGGAGAGCCCCAGCAGCUCCGGGUCCGCUUCCUUCGAGCCGAGGGAUACCCUGUGGACCUGUACUACCUUAUGGACCUGAGCUACUCCAUGAAGGACGACCUGGAGCGCGUGCGCCAGCUUGGGCACGCGCUGCUGGUGAGGUUGCAGGAAGUCACCCACUCCGUGCGCAUUGGCUUUGGUUCCUUCGUGGACAAAAUGGUGCUGCCCUUCGUGAGCACAGUGCCCUCCAAGCUUCGCCACCCCUGCCCCACCCGACUGGAGCGCUGCCAGCCACCCUUCAGCUUUCACCAUGUGCUACCCCUCACCGGGGAUGCUAAGGCCUUCGAACGGGAGGUGGGACGCCAGAGCGUGUCCGGCAACCUGGACUUGCCUGAAGGAGGCUUUGAUGCCAUUCUGCAGGCUGCCCUCUGCCAGGAGCAGAUUGGCUGGAGAAAUGUGUCCCGGCUACUGGUGUUCACUUCAGAUGACACAUUCCACACAGCUGGGGAUGGCAAGUUGGGUGGCAUUUUCAUGCCCAGCGACGGGCACUGCCACUUGGACAGCAAUGGCCUCUACAGUCGCAGCCCAGAGUUUGACUACCCCUCCGUGGGUCAGGUAGCCCAGGCCCUCUCUGCGGCAAACAUCCAGCCCAUCUUUGCGGUCACCGGUGCCACACUGCCUGUCUACCAGGAGCUGAGUAAGCUGAUUCCCAAGUCCGCAGUGGGGGAGCUGAGUGAGGACUCCAGCAAUGUGGUACAGCUCAUCAUGGAUGCUUAUAAUAGCCUAUCAUCCACUGUGACCCUUGAACAUGAACGCUCUCUACUCCCUCCUGGGGUCCACAUCUCUUACGAUUCUCAGUGUGGGGGUCCUGAGAAGAGACAGGAUGAGGCUGGUGACAGGGGCCAGUGCAACCACGUCCGAAUCAACCAGACAGUGAAUUUUUUGGUUACUCUCCAAGCUACCCACUGCCUCCCAGAGCCCCAUUUGCUGAGGUUCCGAGCCCGCGGCUUCUCAGAGGAGCUGACUGUGGAGCUGCACACACUGUGUGACUGUAACUGCAGUGACACCCAGCUCCAGGCUCCUCACUGCAGUGACGGCCAGGGGCACCUACAAUGCGGGGUGUGCAGCUGUGUCCCUGGCCACCUGGGUCGACUCUGUGAGUGCUCUGAGGCUGAGCUGUCCUCCCUGGAUCUGGAAUCUGGGUGCCGAGUGCCCAAUGGCACAGGGCCCCUGUGCAGUGGGAGGGGACGGUGCCAGUGUGGACGCUGCACCUGCAGUGGACAGAGCUCUGGGCGUCUGUGCGAAUGUGAUGAUGCCAGCUGUGAGCGACAUGAGGGAAUCCUUUGUGGAGGCUUUGGCCGCUGCCAAUGUGGAGUGUGUCACUGUCACGCCAAUCGCACGGGCAGAGCAUGCGAAUGCAGCGGGGACACAGACAACUGUGUCAGUCCCGAGGGAGGGCUGUGCAAUGGGCAUGGAUACUGCAACUGCAACCGCUGCCAGUGCCUGGACGGCUAUUACGGUGCCCUAUGUGAUCAGUGCUCAGGCUGCAAGACGCCAUGCGAGAGACACAGAGACUGCGCAGAGUGUGGCGCCUUUGGGACUGGUCCUCUGGCCAUGAACUGCAGCCUGGCAUGUGCCCAUGCCAACGUGACUCUGGCUUUGGCCCCUAUCCUGGAUGAUGGCUGGUGCAAAGAGAGGACCCACGACAACCAGCUCUUCUUCUUCCUGGCAGAGGAUGAAGCCGGAGGAAGGGUCAUGCUGAGAGUGAGACCCCCGGAAAAGGGGUCAGACCACACCCAAAUCAUCGUGCUGGGCUGUGUGGGGGGCAUCGUGGUGGUGGGACUGGGAUUGGUCCUGGCUUAUCGGCUCUCAGUGGAAAUCUAUGACCGCCGAGAAUACAGUCGUUUUAAAAAGGAGCAGCAGCAGCUCAAGUGGAAGCAGGACAACAAUCCUCUCUACAAGAGCGCCAUCACGACCACUGUCAACCCCUGCUUUCAAGAGGCAGAAAGCGACCCUCUCUGA